CGCUUCCGCGGUCAAUUUUCCGGGGAAAAUUAAAAAAAUAGAUGCAAUUGUACUUUGUUCUCUGUCCACUCCAGAGUAAAAAAAUACUAAUUUUGUUCUUUUUGUGUGUUUAUUUAUUGAGAAAUAGAAGAGCGAAUCUCGAAUGUGCAGAAAAUGUCCAAUAUAAAUAAACUUUACCGCGGUGUUUUUUUCCGGUUAACUUCGCUGUGUAAUAAUUAUUUUUUCUUUUAUUGUUUCAACGUUGUGCUCACAAAACGUAUAGGCUAAACCCCCGUUCUUUUUGUUCUUUCUUUCUUUCCUUCCUUUGCUGUAUUCUCUAGAAGCUCCUACUUCCGCAAGACCUGUUCCCAUAGUAACACUUCACAAACUCAAGCAUGGUGCUCAUUAGUGAGGGUCUCAUCCGCCGUCGUGCUGAGCACAACAACUGUGAGAUCUUUUCUCUGGAGGAGAUUUCACUACAUCAGCAGGACAUUGAACGGAUAGAGUACAUUGACAAGUGGUGCCGAGACUUGAAAAUCCUCUAUUUGCAAAACAACCUAAUUUCCAAGAUAGAAAAUGUUGGCAGACUGAAGAAGUUGGAGUAUCUGAAUCUGGCACUGAAUAACAUUGAACUGAUUGAAAAUUUGGAAGGUUGUGAAUGUCUUCAGAAGCUUGACCUGACUGUGAACUUUGUUGGUCGAUUGAGCAGCGUGGAGUCUCUGAAACAGAAUAUGCACCUCCGGGAGCUCUUUCUUGUGGGGAAUCCCUGCAAUGAGUUCAAGGGUUACCGGCAGUAUGUGCUGGCCUGCUUGCCUCAACUUCAGUGGUUAGAUGGCACAGCGAUAGGGCGAGCAGAACGGAUACAGGCACUGCAAAACUUUGAUGACUUGAAGAAGUGUGUCAUAGAACAAGAGGCUGAAUAUGUGGAAAGGAGAGAGAAACAGAAGAGGGUGGGGCUAGCAGAAAUCUCAAGCAUCAACCCACAGGAUUUAGAUCACAAGCAUCUCCAGAGAAACUACUCUCAGAUAACCAAGGAGAACAUGAACCAAGACCCAAAUCUUGAGUGUCAUCGAAAUCAGAAUUCAAACUCAGAGAAUGAGGAGAAUUUUUGGGAAGAGCCAUGUGCCUUCACUCCAGAGUCAAGACUGGAUGCACAUCGUCAUCUAGAAGAGAAGAGGAGAGCAAAAGAGAGAGUGAGAGAACCAAAGAGGAAGGAUAAACCUCCCAGAACUCUGAUCACGUCUGAGGGAAGAGUGCUGAACGUGAAUGAGCCAAAGUUGGACUUUACUCUAAGUGAAAAUGAAGAAAAGAACUGUGUGCUUCUGGAUCUGCAUGUAUACAGGCAUUUAGACACCUCCUUGCUAGAUGUGGAUGUUCAGACUACAUAUGUGAGGGUGACUGUCAAAGGAAAGGUGUUCCAGUUGGUUUUGCCUGCUGAGGUUAAACCAGACAGCAGUACAGCACAAAGAUCUCAAACUACUGGCCACCUGCUUAUCACCAUGCUCAAGGUGCAUGGAGAAGUAAAAGUAAAAAAAGCAACUCAUAAACUGACCAGUGGUAGCUACUUAGGAAAUGGGACUUCAGAGACCUCAAAGGAAAAGGGCAGGGUGAUUUCUGGUUGUCAGAGAUUAGAAGUUGACCCCAGCAAAAGCUUUGCUGUACAAUUGGCCAACAUUGUCCCUAAAGAAAUCCACACUUCUCAUGGUCCCCUGCAGCUCUCCUGGCCUUGUCGAUCCCAAGAGAAGCCUGUCACGAAAGACUUUGUCGAUGACCCCGAAGUGCCCCCUCUCAUGUGAGAAACACAAAGAAAGGAAGAAUUUGAGAGAAUGCAUUUAACUGUGUAUAAACAGUACUUGAUAGCAGUUAUAAAUUCCAGGUUUGGACACUCCAGGCACUGAAUGUUUGUUUUUAAUUUCGCUAAUCAAUUCACCAAGACUCAUUAAACAGUUCAGAAGCAGAGUUGUGUGAACAGUGAAAAUCAUGAGAUUUGUUGCAUCAGGUAUGCUUGAGACAACACAUGUUUUGCAUAUUUGUGCUGUUGUGAGGGAUUCUAUUCAGGGGGUUGAAUAAUUUUGAAACUGGAGAAAUAAUUAUAAGUUUCAUUUUCAGUUGAAUUUGGGGAAACCACUUGAAGCAUUUGUUCUGUUGAACUAUUUAAUUGCUUUUAUUUGAUUUGUUCAUUGCAAACAGCUGAAAGUCUGUAAAGUUUGACAAUAAACUUGAUUUGCAAUGGGGGUUGAAUAACCUUGAUUGCAACUGUACACAUAAUUCUGACUUUAUACUUAAGCAUAUUAAGAUUCACUGUCUUACAAUUUGAUAUAACCACUAUGUCAUGCUGAAAUUUAUAUUUUGGGCUGUGAAUACACUCAAUAAAUCUAUGGAUUGCCAAGUGGGGCCAAUAUUAAA